AUGGAUGAUGACGAAGGGAAUUGGCCUCCAAUGGGAGUGGUCGCUUCGCAGCGCAAGGCCUCAAAGAACUUACCAGCCACAGAUCUGGUCUCUCGUAUCGCCAGUACAACAUUCGCUGUCCGUUCCAAUGCUUCAAUGGGGAGUUUGUUCUCAGAGCUUUGCGAAAUGGUAAACGCUGGUGCUACCACACAGCUGAUUGACCACAAAGAGCACAAAUUCAUGGGUUUCGCUAAGGUCUUUCGCCGCUUGCUAGAGAAAUGGGACCAACUCGAAGACUGGUUCCAAGAACGUAUUGAUAAAGCUAUUCCUGUAUGGACUUCUAAACCCGAUCAUGGCAUUAAAUAUCAAGAGUCAAAAGGAGGACACAAAUCAAGUUGA